AUGUCCUCAUCACCAAACGAGUCAAAGGCUCUGUGUGACUACCUCGGAAUAGAGGAGGAGCUGGACUAUGGUAGCGAUACCAGUGUCCGCGGUGAUAUAGGGCCAAUGUCCAGCUCACUGAUGCCUGUGGCACAACCUUCGAACACCCCAAAUCCGUUCGCUGAACGUGGAGAUGCGAGCGCGUCACCAUCGCAGCAUGCAGCAUCUGGGUCUGAUGAGACUAUCAUCACGAACCCGCUCGGUGAGCUUCAACAAAUGCCUGUCCAAAGAGACGAAAACGCUCUGCGUUAUGUACAAAUGGCUGCAACCCUUGAACGCCAGCGUGACUAUGUGUUCACCCCACCCAGCGUGAAGGAACGUCUACGUCAAGCGGCCGGCCAAACAUUGGCAACGUGGGUCAUUGGCCAUGGGCCUAAGACUCCUGAGGAGGUGGUGAGCUGCCAGGCACUUCGUGAGAGGUACCUGGAGCCGCACCUAAUGACUCAAAGUCAAUACAAGGCACGCCUUGACAUGCAAGCGCGUGGUAUACCGGUUCCACCGAUCAAGGGUAUACCCAUUCUCUUGCUCGCAGGCGAAACACUUCGGUAUGAUUAUGCCAAGCUCAAGGCCAGAGGCCAAUUGCGCAAGCGCACGCGCUAUGCUUUGGCUACUAAGGUAGCCGCGAGUUCUGAUCAGUCUGUGGCCAACAACCCGCCAACCCGCACCACUAGUGGUGGGGAACGGCCUCGGCCUCGAGACGACCAUGGCCACGAUGCUCAAAAGCCUCCAAAGCAUAUGGGCAGUCUUGCCGAAGGGGUACCUCAAAUUCCCAUGAGUUUUCAGACUCAGGGUACCCACGCCACUUUACCAGAUACUGGUAUUGGCCCUGACGACGACGUCGUAUCAGUAGUCUCUCUACAUGAAAUUGACGACACCCAUGCUCAUCGAGAAAAGUCGGUGGCGGCCGGUGUACCGGUGGAGGCCCACGAGAAAUUGGUUCUCGAAGUGAAGGGUCUUCAAGAGGCCUUGGGUAAGUCCCAGUGCAUGCUGGAUGCGAUGCAAAGCCGCCUUCAGGCGAUGGAGCAAGCUAAAACUCGGAGCGAGGCUCAGUUGGACAUGCUGAUUCGUCUACAGCAAUCCGGGGCAGUGCCCUUGUCGUCGGCGCAAGCGCCUCCAAGUUCACAUGGGAAGGAUCCCGGUACGGCAUAA